UCCUUCGUUUUCUCUUUCCUGUCAUUAUUUAAUUUAUUGUUGCCGUUACAACAUUACUUACUACCCUUUCGGCCUUUCCCCUUUGGUGUUUGGUGUAUCUCUCCCAUUUCUCCUCUUUCUCUCUCUCCAUUGAAGCAGUAGCAGCAGCACUACUUUUCUCACUUCACAUAUAAAAAAUUCCUCUGCUAAAAACCUCCCUUUUAAUGCUUCUUUUCCCCAAUUAAUAUCCUUCCUCUUUUUCUUACAAAAAAGGAAAAAAAUUUGAGCUGUCCAAAGUAAUUAAUAAUAGUCAAAGCAUUUCCCAAAAUUUAGAUCCUAUUUUCCCAGAAAAAUUAUACUGAUAUAAACAUGAUUACAGUAGAGUGUUGAUAAUUUUACAAUUGGGUUUUUUUCUCCCCAGUUUUUUCUUCAGCUUUUUUGAUUAAUUGUUCUUCAUGAAGCUAAUGAAAUCCAGUACUCGACUUGAUUCUAUUGUCUUCCAGCUCACACCCACUAGAACCAGGUGUGAUCUAGUAAUAAAUGCUAAUGAGAAAAGUGAGAAGAUUGCAUCAGGGUUGCUGAAACCUUUCCUAGCUCAUUUAAAGGCAGCCGAGGAGCAGAUUGGGAAAGGAGGAUAUUCUAUUGUCCUUGAACUAAAGCAUGGAAAUGGUGCAGCAUGGUUUACGAAGGGAACAGUGGAAAGGUUUGUCCGUUUUGUGAGUAGUCCAGAGAUCCUUGAGCGGGUCUGCACUAUAGAAUCUGAAAUCUUACAGAUUGAAAAAGCAAUAUCUCUUCAAAAUAGUAAUGAUAACGGAUUGCACAAUGUAGAAGACCUUCCAGUAAAGUCUGAGGAAAGGCUUGAAGGCACCAAGCCUUCAUCGGGCAGUAAUGAGGAGAAAGCAAUUGUGCUCUACCAGCCUACCAGCAACCAAUCAGAGGAAGAUGCAUCUACCGUACAUGAGAAUUCGAAAGUCCAACUUAUACAAGUUCUCGAGACACGUAAAACUAUGCUACAAAAAGAGCAAGGCAUGGCUUUUGCACGUGCUGUUGCUGCUAGCUUUGACAUUGAUAACAUAGACGAUCUGCUUGCUUUUGCUGAAUGUUUUGGGGCUUCACGUAUGAUGGAUGCGUGCAAAAAGUUUUUGGACUUAUGGAAGGCAAAGCAUGAAAGUGGUCAGUGGGUUGAGGUUGAAGCAGCCGAUGCAGUGUCUUGCCGGUCAGACAUGCCUAGUACAAAUGCAGCAGGUAUUGUGUUUCUGGGCCCAAGCGAACAGAAGGAAUUCAAGGAAUCAAGCCCCCAGGGUGAGAUUGGUUCUGAAAAGAAGGGGAUGUCAUGUGCGCCUAGUCCAGAUCAAGUACAACCAAAUCCCCAUGAAUACAGCCCGGGCCAGUUUCCACAUCCCAUGUACCCACACUGGCAAAUGCAUCCUCAAGCUAAUGGCAUGCCAGUCUUUCAACCAUAUCCCAUGCAGGGUAUGCCUUACUAUCAGAACUAUAUGGGGCAGAGCCCAUAUUUCCAACCACCUUAUUCCGCACAUGAUGAUUCAAGAUUACAUUCUGGUCGGAAAACAAGACAGAGAAGGCAUUCAAUGGAUAGCAGAGACAUGAGUGCUGAAUUUGAAUCUGAAGAGAUAGAUGCUUCCGGAAGAACGCAGGAUGAUAUUACAGAUGAAGAUGAUUCAGUGAGUAGGAAACCCAAGAAUAAAAUUGGCAAGACUUCCAGGAAGAAAACUGUUGUUAUCCGUAAUCUUAACUACAUUACUUCUGCGAAGCAAGGCUCUUCAGAUAGUGAUCCUCAAUCUUGUUCAGAUUCCGGAACCGAUGACGAGGAACAAAUGAAGGUUGAUGAAAAGAGAAAACUGAAAAAGAAAGGAGUCUAUAAGUCAGAUGAUCCACAAAAAGCAAGUGCUAAGGAAGAAAGACUGUCUGGACAGGUAGGGGAUGAUGGAAAUUGGCAAGCCUUCCAGAACUUCUUACUUACAGAUGCUGAUGAAAAUAACAAUUCAGCAAGAAGCAACAUGUUUGCAAUGGAAGGUAAAGUUCAAGGAAAAAAGCGGCAAUCUGCUAUCAGGGAUGACUCAUCUGCUCUAGGAAUGCAUAAAAUUGGUGAAAUCCGUGAUGUAGACAUGGGUGAAAGUCUUGAUAUUGCUGGAGAUGCAACCUGUGUGCGGAAACCUAUGGAUGAUCAAAUGUUGAGUUAUGGUCAAGAUCCAAACUUGAGGCAUAAUAGUAAAAAUGAUAUGCAGUUUAUGGAAUCAGAGGGUCGAAGGGGUGUUCACAGGAGAUCUGUGGAUACAAACUUAGAAUAUGUAGCCAACCGACAAGAAAAGCUGACAGAUGCGUGGGACCCUUCCCUAGAUCCUGUCAUCAGAAAUGGGUUUCAGGGUACAUCUCAUACCAAUAAUAAGGGUUCAUCAUGCGGUAUUCGUGACGAGUCUUUCAUGGUCUUGCAAAGAGCAGGCUCAUCAGAUCAAGUUAUAGGUAAUGGCAGGACAGCUAUGGAUAUGGAUUGCGAGCUACCUUUGGCGCUUCACAAGACAGAUGAUCACACUUACGAGCCAAAUGUUUUAAAUAUAAUACCUAAUCGUGUGAUGGAGGAUCGGUCUAAUGGUUAUGACCCAGCUAUGGAUUUUGAGUUUCAGGCUCAAAUUAAAGAUGCUGCCAAACUGAGUGGUAACGAAAAGGAAGUUGCUAUAGAUGCCAAAGAAGGGACAAGGAAGACAGUCAAGGAUCAAAAGUUAAGGGCUGAGAAAAAACCCACAGGGAGUACAAGGAGAGAAAAAACUUCUAAGCUGAGCCCCGCUGAAGAUGCUCGAGCUCGCGCAGAAAAGCUGCGAGCUUAUAAGGCUGAUCUACAAAAGUUAAAGAAGGAAAAGGAAGAGGAACAAAUGAAAAGAAUAGAAGCGUUAAAGAUAGAGAGGCAAAAAAGAAUUGCUGCUAAAAGUGGUGCUAAUCCUUCUCAGACACAAUUGCCGUCACAACAGGCUAAGAGACAGAUGCCCAAGCUUUCCCCCGUCUCUCAGAAAGGCUCAAAGUUCAGUGACACAGAGCCAGGGUCACGUUCACCGUUACAGAGAUCAACAUUAAGAUUUAUAUCUAAAGUAUCACCUGAUUCCAGUAAGACUUCUAGGUCUGGAAGGUUAAAUAUUGUAAGCAGCACCAGUGGAAAUAGGUUAACUAGAUCAGCUUCAUUAUUGAGCUCAAGGAAGGAAGAGAAAAAUGGUGUCACACCAGAUUCAAAGGCAACAAUGUCUAGAAUCAGAAGACUGUCUGAGCCUAAAGUCACUGUUCAUCGCAUUUCUUCAGGAAAGACUGGAAAUGCUGAAGUAGUCUCAAGAUAUAAAGCAUCUGAAAGGAAGGUUUCUUCCACUGCAAACGUUGACAAAGUGAAGUCUUCAGCUGUUCCGGAACUGAAGGUUAGAACAUCCAAGACAUCCGCAGUUACCGUCCAGAGAAAAUCAAUUAAAGAUAUGUCCCAGAAGUCGAAUGACAAAACUCUCCCUAGCAGUGUUGCAAAUGCUAAACGGAGUAGGAACAGUGCUAACAUUUCACCCCAGAGGGAUGUAGAUGACAACACAGUAGUUGAAAAGACAGUUGUAAUGCUUGAAUGUGAGAAACCUUCUGCACCAACUUUCCAUUCCCCUGUAGAUAAAUUAAGCGUCCAAACUAUGCAGUCUCAUUCCUACAAUGAUACAGCCGUCCCUCCACCAGCUUCGCCUAUUAACGUGAAAGAAGUUGACCGAGAUACAUCAGAUUGCGUGGUCAAGGGGCAAUCUCAGAUCCGCUUGGAUGAGACAGAAAAGGUGUCCCCAAACUUAUCCUCGGUUGACACUGAAAAAAAACCAUAUCAACCACCCCAUGCUCGGGUCUCCUCCCUAGAGGACCCCUGCAUGUCUGAGUCAGUUUACGGGAAGACACCACUAACAAGCAUAGAAAUGGCAACAACAGAUACAGAUGUGAAGACCGCCAAAGUACACGUAUCUGAUACUCAGAAGCCAAGCCUGGUUAUAUCAGAAGCUGAUUCAGGGAAAUCAUCAAAAGGUUUUAAAAGGCUGUUGAUGUUUGGAAAGAAGAACUCGGGUUCAAGUGAACGUAAUAUGGAGUCAGAUAAAGUAACUCUUGAGGGUUCUGCAAUUGACGCAAAUGCAUUAAAUGGUUCUUCUACAGAAGCUUUUACUGUGAAAAAUCUUCUUUCUCAAGAGGAGGGCUCGAGUGCUGGCACUACUCCAAAGAAGUCUUCUCGACCAUUCUCAUUGUUGUCACAUUUUCGAAGUAAGAACAGUGAGAAGAAGUUGUCCAUAUAAAAAGGAAUCUUGACCAGUUCCUGGGAUGAAUAAGUCACAAUUUUGUUCCCUUCAUGCUUUUUUUGCCAUGGGAAAUCACAGGAAAUAUCAAAUGCUCGAGUUUGUAAAGUUCAAAGUUGUUGCAAUUUGCGACAUGUAGGUAUCUUGUUUUGUUGUAAAGCCUUGAUGACUAAACAUCUUGAAUAUGUAUAAACCUUCUUGAUAAUUGUAGUGUCUGAAGCUUCUCACA